CUGUCUUGUUUCUUCGAUCAUCUUCUCCACCUCCAUUUCGACCUUCCUUGAUUCUGAUCUGGGUAGAAACGAUGAAUUCUAACUUCGGAAAAGCGGGGAAUCCACAAAAGGGUUCCAAUAACUUCGAUUUCGACUUUGGUCUCGGAUCCGGUCUGGGGAGCAAUCGUCCCCGCUCCCUCAACGAUCAGAAACAUCAACAACAGCAGCACGGAUCUCCUUAUUCCUUUCCUUCUUCUACUUCUUUCUCGGCGACGCAGUCAAAACCUGCAUCCUCUGCGUGGUCCAUGAACAAACCCUCAUGGACUCACCAGCCGGCCGCGACUCCCGCCGCACUAUCCAGCCUAGACAAACCUACUUCUAUGGUCGGGGAUAUCUCUGGGAAGAGUUGGACCUCCGCUGCUCCUUCCGCUCCUAGCGCUCGUCUCGGAAUUCCAGAGAAGAAUCCCAAUUUAUUUGGAGAUCUUGUCGGUUCGGCUCUCGGUAAGACCAGCGGCGCUAAUGCUCCUUUGAAGAACGCCGCCCCUGCUUCCGCAACCUGGAAUUCUUUCUCCAUGGGUAAUGUAGCCGAUUCCCUGCCCAAGUCCAAUUCUACUGCUCCUGCUACUACUGCCGCUCAAAUGAAGAACACCAGUUGGGGAUCUGGUGCAAAUUUUGGGAGUUAUUCUACUCCCACUAACAGCAGCAGCAGCAUUAACAUCAACAAUAAUAAUCGAAACCUUGGGGGUCCGUCCAUGAAAAGUGGGGCUGGUGUCUCUGCAAGCUCGAAGAAGGAUCCCUUCGGAUCUCUUGUGGAUUUUGGAUCAAAGCCUGCUGUUAAUAAUGUCAAUUCGGCGGCCAGUAAUAAUUCUAAUGCCGGUGACGGCAACACAUUCGGAGCCUUCCAGAAUGCUUCUAAAUCUAGCACUCCACCAUUUCAAUCUGAUGCUUUUCCUGCUUCCAUUAACAAUCCCAUGGGAUCGGCAUCCAAUUCUGGCCCUAAAAUGGAUACUUUUGGAAUUCCUACCCAAGAAUUUUCUUCUCACGAGCAGUCUGCGCCACAAUCCACGGGCCUUGAUCCGCUGGAUUCGUUGUUCUCACCACCGUCUGUCUCUUCCUCUGCAGCUCCCACAUCAUCUGGUCCUGCUCAAGUGGAUGAUUGGGGAUUGGGUUCAGAGUUUGGAGGGAAUGACGAUGGAGGUACAACAGAUCUUGGAGGUCUUCCUCCCCCUCCAUCUGGGGUCACAGCUUCAUCGGCAAAGAAUAAGGGAUUAGACAAUUACAAACAAGGUCAGUAUGCUGAUGCCAUUAAGUUUCUAUCUUGGGCAAUUGUGCUUCUAGAGAAAGCUGGCGACACUGCUGCCAUUGUGGAGGUCCUAUCCUGUAGAGCUUCGUGUUAUAAAGAAGUUGGGGAGUACAAAAAGGCCGUUGCCGACUGUUCAAAGGUGCUAGAACAUGACGAUACCAAUGUAUCCGUGCUAGUACAGCGUGCACUCCUAUAUGAGAGUACUGAAAAAUACAAACUGGGGGCCGAGGACCUAAGGACUGUUCUAAAGCUCGAUCCCAUUAACAGGGUUGCUAGAAGUACAAUUCAUCGGUUGAAUCAAUUGGCCGGCUAGUGAACUUCUUCUGGUAUUCCUUCAAAUAAAAUCUUGUUACAUUUUCUAUCGAUUCAGAAAAAUAUGCACACAAUUUUGUUUCCCUUUGAGGGGUAAUAAGGUUUUUUGAAACAUGGGUUAUCUGUUGACUAUUUUGUCCGUUAGGAUGAUGUUAUUGUGCAUUAUCACUGUGUGUUGUAUCAAGUUUGAUUGUAUUGCUGGUUAAUGUGUAUCACAUUCUCAUUUAUUUUUAAUUUUAAUUUUAAUCCAAAUAGCCACUUCGAAAUAUUGAUUUGGAAGAAAUGCAACAUUUUGGAUGUCUUACACAU